AUGGCUACGGCGAGCGCGGGCACGUGCAGCGCGGUGAGGGCAUGCGCGGCCGCCCUGAGCACGGCCACGGCUGGGCACCGGCAGCUGGUGCUGCAGCUGGGCGGCAGCGCCGACUGCGCCCAGCUGCGGGAGGAGCUGCGCCGUAGCAGUGCCCGGGUGCGCGAGCUCUGCGCCGGCCUGCGGAGCACGCUGGUGGCGGGGCUGCGGCGCCCGCCGGCCAGCCCCGAGGAGCGCCGGGAGCUGGAGCGGCUGUGGGUGCUCUUCCUCUCUGCCCUGGAGCUCUUCCUGCAGGACCUGCGCAAAGCCCACCACCUCAGCCAGCAAUUCACAGUGCCAGGCCCCGGCGCAGCCCUGCUGUGCACUGGGCUGGGUGGCUGGCCCGAGGGUGCGCGCCGGGGCUGGGGGCAGCCGGGCCCUGGGGGCAGCCGGCGCAGCCCCGAGCGGCCCCCGGCCGCCCCACGCCCUGAGGAGGAGAUCGAGGAGGUGAGGGCCAUGCUGGCAGAGAUGGAGAGCAGAGCCAACAUCCCGCUGUGGACGGUGGAGGCCACGCAGCAGGGCUGGGCUGGGGGCAGCGCGGGGGCCACCGGGACGGCACGGUGGCAGGGGCCCGGCGUGGGACUGCAGCUGGGCACAGGGCACUGCUGCGUGGUCCUGUGA